AUGGGGACUUUCAAUCACUGUGUGAUUAUUAAGUUCAAGGAUGGUGUGGUAGUAGAAGAACUCAUCCAAGGGUUGGAGAAGAUGGUCUCUGGGAUUGAGCAUGUCAAGUCCUUUGAAUGGGGAAAGGACAUUGAAAGCCAAGAUAUGCUAAGGCAAGGUUUCACUCAUGCUUUCUUGAUGACAUUCAAUGGGAAAGAGGAGUUCAGUGCAUUUCAGACUCACCCAAAACAUGUUGAAUUCUCGGGAAUAUUUUCACCUGCUAUUGAGAAGAUUGUGGUGCUGGAUUUCCCAUCUAACAUUGUCAAAGCACCGGCAUGAUCCUCAACAUAUUCAAGCAAUUGAAGUUUCCAUCUUUAAAGUGUAUGCAUGUGUGUGCAUCCGCAAUUUGUAGUCUAUUAUGGGUUACUCCUAAAAGUUGUUAUGCAAUUUAAACUUUAUAAGCUCGUUUUUUCCCUCCUAAUUAAUGGAAAAUUCUAGAAUUGGUAUUUGUUAAUACUAAUUCACUCUAUAUUUCUACUGCCAUUUGAUAUGUAUCAGCACAUUCU